ACCUGCUAUUUCCGUGUGUAAACAUCCUAUUACCAAAGAAAUAACAGAGCACCCAACUUACACAUAUAAAGAAGAGCCUGUGUGUCGUUUCUCGUCAUUUGACAGCCGGAGCAACAACUUCUCGGUAUGUUGGCAUUGAUUUUCCUAUCUACCUUGGCUAUUGCGUCUCAUCAAAAGUUUCAGAGGCCGAUGCAUUGGCUUCCUUAUCCGUCACCAGAUUAUCUCCGGCACCGGGUGAUUCCUUAUCCCGAUGAAGCCAAUCGGUUUCGUGAUGGCAACAUAUUUACACAGCCGACCCAGCCGUUGCCAGAGCUCGGCGGUGAUCCGCAAGGUCGACUAAAUAACAAAUGGAAGCUGAAAAACGCGCUGGAUGUUGGAUACCUGUUAGGCCAAUUCAAACAAUACCAACAAUACCCACAGUACUACAAUCCUCAUCAGAAGACGGUGACGUUAGUCGUCACAACGACAAUCAACGUAACAACAUCGCAGAGUUGCAUCCCGGCGACGCAGUUUGCCAAUUUCGGCUGGUCCAUGUCAGUUGUUUGCACCCAUUCACCAAUAAGAAAGAAACGAGGAGUCCUCCAGGAGUUGUCAGCAGAUGAGGAUCCAAUUUCCAUCGAACCCUCCGAUCCUGAACAAGUGAUGGUGAUGACGACUCUUCCUGGUGACGUGCACCUGGAACGGAGGAAUCGCCACCUCCUGUACGAUCCCGAUUUAUUCAUUUCUUCCUCUAAAGAUGACGUCGUUGGGAUGGACGAAGAUGAGCCAGGCUUGGAAGAGUAUCCGAAAAGGGAGAACCGAUUGUAUUAUUUCGUGGCGACCACAACAGUUGUGACGUUUUUGGUCAACACCUUCACUACCCUAAAGAAAAUUUCACUGGCAUUUGUAGCUAACCUCGUCUGUCGCCCCAGCGAAAUACCCGUUUGCAUGGAGUAAACGAAUUCUUCAAUUCGUGUGAAGAAAUAUAAAAAAAAAAAAAAAUACCAACAGUACACCUUUUUGGACAUGAAAAGAUUUAAGUCGGAAACCACUUCAUUCGUAUUUUUUUAAAUAUGAUAUUCGAGAUAUUAGGUCAUAUAAAAUUGAAUUAAAGUCGCGUAACGUAAAACACGAACAAAUAAUUUGAGAACAAGUGUCGUAAAAUUUGAAAAUAAAUCUAUUUCUGGCUGCACUAUU